GCUGCCGGACCGUCGGAAAUAAAUAAUAACAAAUAAAAGCGAAAAUCAAUGGACGACGGCGAGCUGAUUAAAUUAAUAGAGAGUCACCCGAUCCUGUACGACAAGGACAGCGCGCGGAGCGUGAAGAAUGCGGCCCAGAAGGACGCGGCCUGGAAGGCCAUCUCCCAGAAGCUGGGCGCCUCCGAGAGGGCGUGCAUUACGCGCUGGAAGAGCAUUCGCGAUCGUUUCGGCAAGGAGUUCCGCCGCUUCCAGGAGCAUCCCGACGAGCCCACCUACUGGGACAUGUUCCCGCGCCUGCUCUUCCUCAAAGACCACUACAAGCAGGGACUGGCCCGGAACGAGAGUCUGGACGGGAUGCGCUUUGAGCCAAGGGAGCGAAAGAAGCGGUCGAAAGUGGACUUGGAGCAGGAGAAGCGGAGGAAGGACGAGGAUGAGGACGACUGCCAGGACGACCUGCUGAACGAACAGCUCAUUGAGCUGGUCAAGAUGCAUCCGGUGUUGUAUGACCGCCACAAGAUCAGGGUCUCCAAGAACCUGGCGGCCAAGAACGAAGCCUGGCGGGAGAUUUCCCAGAACUUGAAUGUGUCGGAGGAACUUUGCUACAACCGCUGGAAGAGGCUGCGCGAUCGCUUCGCCAGGGAGUACCGCAGUCAGCAGAUCAACCAGUCCACUCCCAUUACAUGGCGGUACUUUAAUGAGCUCCUCUUCCUGGGCCGCCACUUUCGCAAGGGAGUGCCUCUGAUUUUGGAAAACAUCAAGCGGCGCGGGCGUCCGCCAAAGUCCAGCACUCCUUCGGGGAAUCCCAGCAAGCAGCAAGAGGGUAUGGUGAUCUCCAGUGGCGAGCAGAUCUGGGGCGCCGACUAUCCGUACAGCACGGAUAACGACGAGCUGGAGGAUGAUCUGGAGCUGGCCUACGACGAGGAGAUAGAAAUUCUCUCCGAGGCCGAGCAGUCAACGCCCUACGACUUUAUCCUCAGUGAGGCCACUCCCUCGCAGCACUUGGAGCCCCCUCAGCAGCUGCAUGUGACCACCACUACGCCGGCCGUAACGGAGGAGAUUAUUCACACUAUCGACAGAGCGAAUCCCGUCUUAGAGGAGGCGUCCUCUCUUGCCGAGAACUCCACAACGCCCGCCGCCACCUCCGACAAACUACUGACCACCGUGAUUGCCAACAUGGAGACCGUCCUCCAGCAAUCGCGGGAGCUGCAGGCCCAAAUCCAGCACGAGCAGGAGCAGGAGCGGGAGCAGCGAAGUGCCACGCCGGCCAACGGCUUGCUGGCCAAGGCUCAGAUGCUGCUGGACGGCCUGAGUCCGUUGGAACGGGCCAGUGCCGAGCGCAAGAUCGUGCAGUUCCUGUGCCAGUGCCAAAUCAAAGCGUUGGACGGGGAGGAUAUCGAGGAUGUGGCGCCUUGCCAGGUGAUUAACUGACAGGAGGUGUGGCCUAGGGUUCCUAUCUAGCUAGUUGUAAAUAUUACAUUCUUUGAACCACCAGUGUUGGACAGUAGGUGUACAUGUGUAAUCGAAAACUAUCGUUACCGGACGCCACCCGCUAGAGGUCGCUGAAACAUUCAAAGCAGAGUCCGUAACGCCCAUUCAAAGGCAGACCAAAAUAAAUAAAAUGCCGCCCACGCCGGCACCAUUUAUUGCAAUUAAUAACGAACAAAUU